UUCUCUGUGUCGUCAGAGCUACAGGGAGGGACCUGGGUAGACGGAGAAGCCGGAAACAGCGGGCUGGGGCAGCCACUGCUUACACUGAAGAGGAAGGACGGGAGAGGAGUGUGUGUGUGUGUGUGUGUGUGUGUGUGUGUGUGUGUGUGUUCUAUUUUUUUUCUUUUUGGUGGUGGAGGGUAGGGGGUGCUAGCAGGGCCAGCCCUGAACUCGCUGGACAGCUACAGAUCCAUGGGGCCUGGCAGAGCCCGCUGAGAGAGGGAGAAGACAGCAGAGGGGUUGCCAAGGCACCCUCCAAAUCCCAGAUCAUGUCUCUGUGGGGUCUGGUCUCCAAAAUGCCCCCAGAAAAACUGCAGCGGCUCUAUGUUGACUUCCCCCAACACCUGCGACAUCUCCUGGGUGACUGGCUGGAGAACCAGCCCUGGGAGUUCCUGGUCAGCUCAGAUGCUUUCUGCUGCAACAUGGCUAGCGCCCUACUUUCAGCCACUGUCCAGCGCCUUCAGGCCUCCGCGGGAGAGCAGGGGGAGGGGAAUGCCAUCUUGCAACACAUCAGCACCCUGGAGAGCAUAUAUCAGAGGGACCCCCUGAAGCUGGUGGCCACUUUCAGACAAAUACUUCAAGGGGAGAAAAAAGCUGUGAUGGAACAGUUCCGCCACCUGCCAAUGUCCUUCCACUGGAAGCAGGAAGAACUCAAGUUUAAUACAGCCCUGCAGAGGCUGCAGCACCACGUGGGGGAGACCCGCCUGCUCCAAGAAGCCCUGCAGGGGGGUGAGGCUGGCCAAGUGUCCCUGCACAGCUUGAUAGAAACUCCUGCCAAUGGGACUGGGCCAAGUGAGGCCCUGGCCACACUGCUGCAGGAGACCGUGGGGGAGCUGGAGGUGGCUGAGGCCCUGGUGCUGAAGAGGAUCCAGAUUUGGAAACGACAGCAGCAGCUGGCAGGGAAUGGUGCACCCUUUGAGGAGAGCCUGGCCCCACUACAGGAGAGGUGUGAGAGCCUGGUGGACAUUUAUUCCCAGCUACAGCAGGAGGUAGGGGCAGCUGGUGGGGAGCUUGAGCCCAAGACCCGAGCAUCACUGAUAAACCGGCUGGAUGAAGUCCUGCAAACCCUCAUCACCAGCUCUUUCCUAGUGGAGAAACAGCCCCCCCAGGUUCUGAAGACUCAGACCAAGUUCCAGGCUGGGGUUCGAUUCCUGUUGGGCCCACGGUUCCUGGGGACCCCAGCCAAGCCUCCGCUGGUCAGGGCCGACAUGGUGACUGAGAAGCAGGCGAGGGAGCUGAGUGUGCCGCAGGGGCCUGGGGCUGGAGCAGAAAGCACUGGUGAAAUCAUCAACAACACCGUGCCCUUGGAGAACAGCAUUCCUGGAAAUAGCUGCUCCGCCCUGUUCAAGAACCUGCUUCUGAAGAAAAUUAAGCGGUGUGAGCGGAAGGGCACCGAGUCUGUCACCGAGGAGAAGUGUGCUGUGCUCUUUUCUGCCAGCUUCACGCUUGGCCCCAACAAACUCCCCAUCCAGCUCCAGGCCCUGUCUCUGCCCCUCGUGGUCAUUGUCCAUGGCAACCAAGACAACAAUGCCAAAGCCACCAUCCUCUGGGACAAUGCCUUCUCUGAGAUGGACCGUGUCCCCUUUGUGGUGGCUGAGCGGGUGCCUUGGGAGAAGAUGUGUGAAACUCUAAACCUCAAGUUCAUGGCUGAGGUGGGGACCAACCGGGGACUGCUCCCAGAGCACUUCCUCUUCCUGGCCCAGAAGAUCUUCAACGACAACAGCCUCAGCAUGGAGGCUUUCCAGCACCGUUCUGUGUCCUGGUCACAGUUCAACAAGGAGAUCCUGCUGGGCCGUGGCUUUACCUUUUGGCAGUGGUUCGAUGGUGUAUUGGACCUCACCAAACGCUGUCUCCGGAGCUACUGGUCAGACCGGCUGAUCAUCGGCUUCAUCAGCAAACAGUAUGUCACUAACCUUCUUCUCAAUGAACCCGAUGGAACCUUUCUCCUGCGCUUCAGUGACUCAGAGAUUGGGGGCAUCACCAUUGCCCAUGUCAUCCGGGGUCAGGAUGGCUCCCCACAGAUAGAGAACAUCCAGCCAUUUUCUGCCAAAGACCUGUCCAUUCGCUCCCUGGGGGACCGAAUCCGGGAUCUUGCUCAGCUGAAAAACCUCUACCCCAAGAAACCCAAGGACGAGGCUUUCCGGAGCCACUACAAGCCUGAACAGAUGGGUAAGGAUGGCAGGGGUUAUGUCCCAGCUACCAUCAAGAUGACUGUGGAAAGGGACCAGCCACUUCCUACCCUAGAGCCCCAGAUGCCUACCAUGGUGCCCUCUUACGAUCUUGGAAUGGCCCCUGACUCCUCCAUGAGCAUUCAGCUUGGCCCAGAUAUAGCGCCCCCAGUAUACGCACCACACUCUCACUGCAUCCCCUCGUAUCAAGGCCUCCCCCAAGAAGAAUCGGUCAGUGUGUUGCCAGCCUUCCAGGAGCCUCAUCUGCAGAUGCCCCCCAGCCUGAGCCAGAUGAGCCUGCCCUUUGACCAGUCACACCCCCAGGGCCUGCUGCAAUGCCAGCCUCAGAAGCAUGCUGUGUCCAGCCCUGAGCCCCUGCUCUGCUCAGAUGUGACCAUGGCAGAAGACAGCUGCCUGAGCCAGCCGGUGGGAGGGUUUCCUCAGGACACCUGGAUUGGUGAAGACAUGUUCCCUCACCUGCUGCCUCCCACUGAACAGGACCUCACCAAGCUUCUCCUGGAAGGGCAAGGGGAGUCAGGGGGAGGGUCCUUGGGGGCCCAGCCCCUCCUGCAGCCCUCACCCUAUGGGCAAUCUGGGAUCCCAAUGUCCCACCUGGACCUCAGGACCAACCCCAGUUGGUGAUCCCAGCUGGAGGAGGAGCCCAGAAAGGCAGCUCUGCUACACCCCAUGGACCUGCUCUGGACACCUGCUCAUGCUCCUACCAAGCAGCAGGUGGGGAAGAUGCCCUCCUGUCCCCGCCUACUCCUUGGUCAGGAAGCAAAGACUGCCAGGAGAAUGCACGUGGGUGGAGCCAAUCCACUCCUUCCUUCCUACCACACACCGCUGCCCACCUCCACCUCCUUCCAGCACCAGAAGGGAAGUUCAGGCUCCAAAGUGACACAUGCCCCAACAUGCCUGCAGCCGGAGAACACACACACACACACACACACUGCUCUCCGUGGAAGAUGGGGUUGAGCGGCAGAGGGGCUAGGUGGGAGCACAGGUUAGGGCACGGAGGGCUUCUGUGAGCCAGGGCCCAGGACGCAUAUGUAGAAACAUGCAGACAUGUUUGCCCUGGAGGCCAGGGAUAGAGAGAAUUGGGUCCUAGCCCUGGGGGGACCCUGGGUGGGAGGAGAAGAGGGAUCUGGAUAUGUAAUUACUGGUAAGAGUUUUGCCCAAAUUAAAAAACAAAUCCCCAAAAGCCCAAAAUUCAUGUCAGCUAGAUGAAGGUUCUGGUACAUGUAUGAGGUUGUACAGGACAAAGGCCGAGUUUCUUUGUGUAUAGCUGUGUGAAAAUGUGUGUACCUGAGACAUGUAUAGGUGGCACACAAGUUAGUUAUACGACUACAUAGAACAUGUGUCUAUCAGCUUUUGCCUAUGUGACAACACAAUUUGGGAGGAUGAGAUAUUGGACAAAAGACACCAGCGAGUGUGCUAGCCUCUGACACAUGCUAACCCAAAUGUACUCUCAGUUUUGAGUGUGACUGUGUCCAGGUAGCUCUAUGUGGCUAUGACAUCUGCACAUGGCUUAACACCCCCAAUGCUGCCUGGGAGAAGGGGGUCAGAGUCCAGGCCCAGCCAUGUGGCCCUUGGUGUAUUAGGGAUCCUGCCAGCUGCAUCUCUUCUGUUUCCCCGUCCACUGUCAGCUUCCCUUCACUCCCCAUCCCAUGCCACCCUUUCUCCCCCUUGAGGAGGGGUCAUAGAUCCUAAGCCAUAAAAUAAAUUUUAUUCCAAAAUAACAAAAUAAAUAAUCUACUGUACACAAUCUGAAAAGAAA